UCAAUGGAUGCUGACAGCAACUCACGUGUUUAUCCAAAAUCUCCAAGGUUAAGAGUCUUUCUUUACUACAUCAUCUAAACAAUAACAUUUGAUUUGUCCGUAAAAAUGUACAAACUGUUACAAUUCCCUCUACGUGAAUAUGUACGGAACAUGUCUGUUCCGUACUUAUCUGUGGUGAAGAGGAUACAACGGAGCUCAAGCAAUUUACCAUCGCUGCCUUGCUGUGAGUUAGGAAGUAGGAAUGUACAUAAGGAACUCUGUCACAUACAGUACACACGAAGAAAUGAUAGAAUGUACAGCACCCGAAUAGGGGAAAGAGGUGAAGCUCAGGAGCAUGUUCGAACCCGAUUUCCAGAUACAUACACCUCCAUAGAUCCUAAGAAGGAGGAGGAGUUUGUUUUCCUGGACUCCACCGAACCAGAAAAAUGUACACAGGAGGACAAUCUUCGCCAUGAACUGAAGACUCAUACAGCUCCCAUCCUUCCUAAAGAAGAUGGCACAUCAGUGAGGUCAGGUGCCGAUAAACGGCAGAGAUCUCUUGAGCUACAGCUGCGGUCACUGCAAACUACGUCCAAAGAGGACGUGGAGCUCAAUGCCUUAAUUGAGUUCCAUGACGUUGGAUCUCCCAUUGAGGAAAGGAAAAUGAAGAAGAAGAAAUCUAAAGGACAGCAGAAAAUAUAUGGUACCCCUGACGUGGAGGAACCAGUCAGUGAGACGAGUUGUUCGGGUUGUGGAGCUGUCAUGCAUUGCACCGACCCAGAUGUCGCAGGCUACCUACCAAGUGAAAAGUACAAACUUCUCGUUGAAGAGGACAAAUUGAAAAAUUCGAUUUGCCAACGUUGUUAUUUACUUACACAUCACCAAAAGGCAUUGACCAUCAAGAUGUCAAAAGAGGAAUAUCGGAAUAUCGUCAGAGGGAUAAAAUCAGAGAAAGCUUUGGUUCUGUUGAUCGUAGAUCUUUUGGAUAUUCCAGACUCAAUCGUGCCAGAUCUGUUGGACCUGGUUGGGAAUAACAAAAACAUUGUGGUUUUAGGAAAUAAAAUCGACUUGAUUCCCGGAGACUCUGACAACUACUUGCAGAGAAUUAAGCGCCAACUCUCCCAGUACUGCUCAGAUGCUGGGAUUUCAGAACAUGACAACAUCAAAGACGUUCACCUCAUCAGUGCCAAAACGGGAUACGGUAUUGAAAACCUCAUCUCAAGUCUACAGAAAUCCUGGAAGUACAAGGGAGAUGUGUAUCUGGUGGGAACUGCCAAUGCAGGGAAGUCCACCCUGUUCAACACGCUGCUGGAGUCAGACUACUGUAAAUCCAAAGCUACGGAUGUGAUCCACAAAGCUACGAUAUCCCCAUGGCCUGGCACCACCCUGAACCUGCUGAAGUUUCCCAUCAUCAACCCCACGCCGUACCGGAUGUUCAAGAGGUCGGAGAGACUCAAGGUAGCCUCUGAGCAGACGGAGAAGCAGCUGUCUCCCCAGGAGAUGAAGAGACUGACACAGUUCAGCAAGCAGGGCUACCUAGUCGGUCGCAUCGGUAGAACGUUCAGGGUGGAGGCUGAGAAAAACAAAGGCUUGGUGGAGUUUGAUCCUGACAGUCUGGCCUACGGAGAUGGAGGGAGCGAGGAGCAGGAGGGUAACAGAGACCUCUCUGCUCAGCUGAAACUAACACACAACGAACUGAAAGAUGCCCACUGGCUCCAUGACACCCCCGGCAUCAUGAAAGACUAUGAUAUCCUCAAUCUGCUGACUGAACAGGAAGUGAAGAUGGUGGUGCCCACACAUGCCAUUGUUCCUCGAACAUUCGUGCUCAAGCCUGGCAUGGUCCUGUUCCUGGGAGCCCUGGGGAGAAUCGACUAUCUUCAGGGAGGGGAGUCUUGCUGGUUUUCCGUCAUUGCCUCUGCCAAGCUCCCGAUUCACAUCACCAGUCUGGACCGGGCCGACGGAAUCUACCAGAAACAUGCGGGCCAGACACUGCUAGGGGUGCCGAUGGGUGGAGAGGCACGCAUGAGGGACUUCCCCCGUCUCGUCUGUCAGGAGUUUGAGCUGAGGGGCCUGGGUCACUGCCAAGCCGUCGCCGACAUCAAGAUAUCCUCCGCAGGCUGGGUGGCGGUGACCGGUGUGGAGGGAAGCAAGAUCUUGCUGAGAGCCCACACCCCUGAGGGGUCCGGCCUGGCCCUACGGAAACCCCCCCUGCUGCCCCACGUGGUCUCCAGCAGGGGGCAACGCAUCAAGAAGUCCCCUGCUUACAAGCCCAGGAAACACCCUGCACUGGUGGACACCGGCAUCUCUUAUAAAGGAGCAGAGAGGCUGAGGGUGAAGAAGAAGUCAAACUGAAGUUGUAUUGGAUUGUGUAUAAUACAUUCAGAUAUAAUUUUGUUAGGAAUUUGAUGUUUUGUCUGUAUUUCAUAUUUAGUGAAUGACCUCAAACUUUUGAAUGGCUGUAUGUAAAUAUUUGUAAGUCCUCAAAUAAAGUAAGAAAUUGUAAGCAUGUUACCUU